AGUACUCCAACAGCUCCAACAGCUUUAACAUAAUCGACCGCUUUGUGUUUAAUAAUGCGAGUCUAACAUAACCUCCAGUGCUCUAUACAAAUAACUAUUUACAAAUAUGUCUAAUUUAUGUUGUCAACAGUUCAGGAUACACUGGAAAAGCCUGAUACGAUAUUCCCAACCAGUUCGACAUAAAGUGGGGAAAGGAGCCUAUGAAGGUGACGGAAAAACCACAGUAACAAUGCUAAACAGAGAUGCGGAUUAUGGAAUGAUGAUUAACAAAAUCUCAAUGCAAGGAUUCCACUUGAAUCUUGGUAUAAGUAUUAUGGGCCCUAUGAUAAUUUUUCCAAGGACCGUCAUUGGGUGGAACAUUACAUCAGAGGAGGAUAUAAACGAAAAUUCAAUGACACUUUUCAAAGUCUUAGAGCCAAAGCCAGAUAUUGUUAUUCUAGGUCUAAACAAGACAUAUCCAAGGGGAACAAAGUUCAUUGAACAGUUCAAGAGCACCGCCUCAAAUCUCAAUAUUAGCCACGAAGUUCUCGCGGUAGAUAAAGCUUGCACGACUUUCAAUUUCUUAAAUGCUGAGAAAAGGUUCGUUGUGGCUGCCCUUCUACCUCCCAAUAAUAUUGAUGAUUGUGACAUGGACAGUAUCACUGAGAUGGCGGUACGAAAAAUUUUGUAUGAGGGUUGGGAGACACCCACGGAUCCCAAGUUGGAAAAUCCGAAUACCCUGGAUGAGGUUUUCUUCCCUAGUGAAGAAUCAAAGAAAUUAUUAGCGGAGAGGAAAGAAAGAAAAAAGAAAAGACAAGCUACGAAAAAGCAACAAAAAUCUGAGGAUGACUUGUAAUCAAAAGUGUAAUAUAAACAAUAAUAUUUAAUAUUAACCAAA